CUUUGAGGUGAUUGGACGUUUUGAGCGGAAUAAGUUAAAGUAAUAGAGGAAUCUACACCAACAACGGUGGAUACAUACCUACCAGCAGAAAAAGCAGCAGAUUUUUUUAUAACAAUUGUAACAUUAAAGUAAAUUAUUUAAGAGCUAAGCUGGUGCAAAAAGAUUGAUUUGUGUGUAGCCAUAAAAAAGAAGGAAAAUAUUGAAAUUUUGAUUUAAAGAAAAAAAAAAAACGAAAGUAAAAGUAUUGUGAAAUUAAGAAAUUCUGUAUUUUUAUAUAAAAACCCCCAAUAAGCAAUAACAAAAAGCGAAAAAAUAUACAUCAAGAAACAGUGAAAGAAAGAAAAAAGAAAAAAAAAAAAAACGAAAAGCAAACCAAGUGGAGCCACCACUUUUGCAAAAAUACAAUUAGGAAUUGUUCGUUUGUUCAUGGUCGCAGCUCAUUUUUUGGUAGCAGAAGCUGAAUAUGUAGAUUGAAUGUCAAGAUGUAUGGAAAGGAUCAGCAUCAUGUGAACGUUUCGAUUGAUGUUUAAGUUGGGACACAAUGAACUGAAUUGGAAAGUUGUGUAAACGUCCAUACCUCACUCACACCACUACACACACAUUCAAAAAGGGGAGACAAAGUUUCUCAACUUCACAGCCAAGCCAAGCCAAGCCAAGCCAAGCGCAGCAGGUCCAGGAGCCGGAAGCAGAGCAACAUCAUUUGCUGUUGUUGUUCUUGCUGCACUCUCGCUGUGUUACAAAACAAAAGCAAUUAUGGCCGAACAGCAAAAACUUUCACUAUGUCCACGUUUGGUGGACUACCUGGCGAUUGUGGGAGCCCGUACAACACCGCCCAUACACAAAGGACUGCCGGGCAACAAAACACCUCCGGUGCAAAUUCCCGAACUGUUACGACGUUAUCCACCUUCGGAUCAUGCCGACUUUCCGCUACCCCUGGAUAUGGUAUACUUUUGCCAACCAGAAGGCUGCACUACGGUGGGGCCACGAAGAACAGGCUCUGCAAUUCGUGAUAUGACCUCUUUUGUAUUUGCUCUAACGGACAAGGAUUCGGGUAAGACACGCUAUGGGAUUUGUGUGAAUUUCUAUCGGCCGGUGGAUAAGCCGCAACCGAAUGCGGAUAAAGCUCAAGGACACAGUACAACAUCCACAGCACAAAGUGGACGGGGCAGACGAAGUUCGGCGUUUCGUCGCGAGUCAUGGCGCAAGAGUAUGGAACGGAGUUCUGAUUCGGCAUUCAGUAGCGACUACAGAAGUAACGUCGCACCCAGUGAUUCAGACCGUGAAAUGACAUCCCGCAGAGAUUCCGAUACGCAACAUGGCCCAUAUGGCGGUGGCGGCCAUGGUGGCCAAUACAUGCAACAACAGCAGCAGCAGCAACAACAACAGCAAGUACCCAAAUUAGGUCUAAUGGCACCCUCAGGUGAUUCCGAGUCUGGCGGCAGUCAUUCACCCUCACCGCGUGCCUCCCGCAAACGCACCAAGUUGCGUAAUCAAUCGCUGACCUCAUUGUGCAUCAUCUCCCACCAUCCGUUCUUCACGACGUUCCGUGAAUGUCUGUUCAUCCUGAAGAAGAUAAUCGACGCGUGUAAUGAAUCGUCGUCGCCCAAGCGAUUGGGUGCAUCGCAGAAACAGUACAAGGACAAUGUUUGGACAGUGUUGACCGGUUUGGCCAGCGAGUCAACAUCGUCGAUAAUGUUGCACGAUGUCAAGGAGAUUGAAACAUGGAUUUUACGAUUGUUAUCGACACCAGUUCCCAUACCGGGAUCGACAAGAGUUGAGGUUGGUGUCCUCUCUCCAACGGUCCACGAUCCACUGACAUUUGCCCUGCCCGAUCAUACACGUUUCUCCCUCGUUGAUUUCCCACUGCAUUUGCCACUCGAGCUGUUGGGCGUGGAGACGUGUUUGAAGGUUUGGACACUGAUAAUGUUAGAGAACAAGGUGUUGUUUCAGUCGCGCGACUACAACGCGCUCUCAAUGUCGGUGAUGGCAUUUGUCACAAUGUUAUAUCCAUUGGAAUAUAUGUUUCCGGUGAUACCAUUGUUGCCGACAUGUUUGAGUUGUGCCGAACAGCUGUUGUUGGCACCAACGCCAUUUGUCAUCGGGGUGCCGGCAACAUUUUUGGUUUACAAAAAGAAUUUCAGGUUGCCCGAUGAUAUCUGGGUUGUGGAUUUGGAUUCAACAAAAUUAACACCACCUUCGGGUGGUUAUGAUGAGAUUCCACCUCUGCCCGAGCCGGAGGGUACCAUUUUGAAAAAUCAUCUAAAGCAGGCUAUGCAACUUAUGGAUGAAGCUGGAAUUUGUGCUUUGAAUUCCAUGGCCAAUGCGACUCCGGUAAUGCCUGUGGGCCAGCACAUGAUUCCCACACCAAGGGAUAGUCUAUCCGAACCGGGGAUGCUGGGCUUCUCACAAAGCCGCUUGCCGGUGCAGUCACCCUCACAGUCGGCCUAUGCCAGCCAAAGAAAUUCGGUAUCAACGCAGGGGGCAAUGUCGCGUCAACCUAGUCCCAUGAAUUCGCCGGCUUUGAAUCCUUUUGUUUUUGGUACCGAUGUUGAUUCCGUGGAUGUGGCCACCAGAGUUGCCAUGGUUCGCUUUUUCAACUCCCAAAAUACGCUGGCCAAUUUUGCCGAACACACACGCACUCUGCGUCUCUAUCCCCGACCCGUUGUGGCUUUCCAAAUCAAUAGCUUUCUGCGUUCACGGCCCAGAGCCUCACAGUUCCUAAGCAUGUUUGCCAAAACUCAGGCUGUGGAAUUUUUGGCCGAAUGGUCGCUGACGCCUACGAAUGUGGCAUUUUUAAGGGUACAAACGGGCGUUAUGGAUCCCCAGCAGGUGGGUGACAAGCCGAAAUGGUUUGCCAACUCUCUGACACCCAUACGCUUUGCCGUCUGGGAUGACAAUAGUUCCUUGAAUGGUGCCAUCAAGGCCCUCAAACAAUUGGAGUCGGCAGCAACGGAUGAGAGUGGUUCCGAUUCGGAGGGUGCCGACAGUUCUAGUUCCUCGUAUUCGUCGUUAAGUGAUUUUGUCUCUGAAAUGGUUUCAUCCGAUCUCUCGCCCAGUUUGCACGAUGUCUUUGGUUCGCACAAUCGCCAACACAAUGUCCCCAAAACGCUGUCAACAAACUUGGAUCCGGCCUUGGUCUAUCAUCCGCCCAGCAAAUUGCAAUAUCCGGAGGGUAUGGUCGAACAAAUGUCUUCCAAAGAGGAUGAAGAUGAUCGUCCCGAAAGUCCAAUAUCCUCGUCGUCGAGUCGUUCGGAUUUGAGCUCACCGAGUUUUAAUAGAGAUUCGGAGUUUGAUUUUCCCUCGAAAUCUUUUGAAUUGGCGGCACCAGUGGCCCAAAGGCUGGAGGCCACCAUUAAGGCGGGUAGUAUGGAACAAGAGGCGGAAAGUGCUACAACAUUGAUGGUUAAGACGCCAGUAUCAAGGACCAGCAGUGAGAAAAGGAUACCGCCCCCCAUUACUCCCGUCAAACAGCCGAGUGUCACAAACAUUUUGUCCCGGGCCGGCAGCUCUGGCUCCAGUUCCAGCAGCCCCGGACGACAAAGUUCUCAGGGUUCGUUAUUUGAAAACAUUGCCUCACAUGCCAAGGACUUGGUGCGUGAGACCACUCGACAAAGCAGUCAAGAGGGUAUUUUGGCCCACAUGGAUAAGACUUCUAUGGAUGAUGAUCUAGAAAUUGAUGAUAAAAUGAUUCAGACAUUCGAAAAGCUAACUCUACAUGCCAAGAAGGCAGCGGGUGAGGCCUCCAAGCAGGCUCUGGAAGUAUCGAAGCAGGCGGCUGGAGUAAGCAAGAAUACUUUUGAAGAUUUGAGUUAUGUCAGCAAAUCGACAUUGGGUGAUUUGACCAAGACCGCCAAGGAGGCGGCCAGCAAAAAGGGUCUAAUAAAAAUCGAUGAAAAAACUGGAGCUCCAAUGAACACACAAUCCCAGGGUCAAGUGGUGACACAGAAACAAAUGACCAACUCGCCAAGUAGUGGCAGUAAUUUCUUUUCCAAUAUUGGUACGGAUUUCAAUGGAUUGGCCUCCUCGACCAGUACCAUGUUUUCGGGGAUGUUUGGGGGAAAGAAAAAUCAACAAAAACCCCAACAACAGCAGCAACAACAACAGUAUCAUCCCCAAACCAUGGGUCCUAAGUCAAAAAGUGGCCUCGGGUUUGAUCCCUUCCCAGGGCGCAAAGGUUUGGUGGAGCGCACUCCCUUGAUAAAACAUUCUGGCCCCCACAAGACCCAAGAGGAAAUAACACGCCAACAAAAUCAAGAACGCUCACAUAGCAAUGCCGAAAAUCAGGCCUUCCUCAAGGAUAUGACAACCCAGGUACUGGCCGGUGAGGGUAUUGGUUGGUUGAAAAUGAAUCGUUUCAAGAAACUAAUGGAAGAUGAGUCCUAUCGAACAUUCGUCCUGAGUAAGCUCAACAAGACCUUGGAUAAGAAAAUUGCUCCCGAUGAUCACAUAGAUGAUAUGUGCAUCUCGAAACCCGUCUGGAAGGGCAUGCUGAAAUGCCUACAGGCCGUCACCUCUGGCCUUGAGGUGACCUUUGCCAAUUUCGGUCUGGGUGGCAUGGCUUCCGUUUUUCAAAUGAUGGAAAUUGCCCACACCCACUACUGGACGAAAGAGCUGAACGAUGCCAGCGACAUGUCAUCGAGUUUACUCUCCAGCCAUGCCACCAGUCCAAUGGGUAGCCGUGAAAAUCUACGCUCUCCUUCAAGUCCCAAUGGCUCCCACUCCGGCUUGGGCAGUGAAUGGGCUUCACCUCAGGAAUCACGUAAAAGUUCCACCCACACCGAUCGUUCAGGGCCGACCAUUCAUGGCGGUAACAUGGGACACAAUCGAAGACUUUCGACAGCCGAUAGCCAAGAUGGCCAGUCGACAACGGAAAUGUUCAAGGAUAUGUUGGCCCAAAAGCGUUCAGCGCUGUUGAGUAAACUGACCUCAUUUGAUUCGGAUGCGGCUGGUUCGACGGGUGCCCUUUCAGUUGUCAGUGACCUCUUGCCUGUGGGUAGUUUGAAUGUUCGCAUGCCAUCCAGUUGUCGUUCAACUGUUUCAGAUACCGAAUACGAAAAUACCACAACUUCGAAGGAUUCGAAACGUAGUUCAGGCAAUAUGUGGACUGGCAAAUCGACGCUCAGUGCGGGUUUCCGUUACACGGGUGGUCAUUUGAUUAAUACCUCUUCAUCGCCAUCGCCCGAUAGUCCGCGAGUGUAUUUGUUUGAAGGUCUGCUGGGUAAGGAUCGUUCAAAUCUAUGGAAUCAAAUGCAGUUUUGGGAAGAUGCAUUUUUGGAUGCGGUCAGCCAGGAGCGUGAUAUGAUUGGAAUGGAUCAGGGUCCCAUUGAAAUGAUGGAGCGUUAUAAGGCCCUUAGUGAUUCGGAGCGCAAACGUUUGGAACACGAUGAAGAUCGUCUGUUGUCAACGAUGCUCUAUAAUUUGACAGCAAUAUUGGUCAUGUUGAAUGUGAAUAAGGAAGAGAUACGCCGAAAAAUUCGUAGACUAUUGGGUAAAUCCCAUAUUGGCUUGGUCUAUGCUCAGGAAGUCCAUAAUGUUGUGGAUCAAAUUAAUAAUUUGAAUGGCAACGACAUCGAUUUAAAACCUCUGGGAUCGAGAUUAUUACAUCGACAAAGUUUCACCGUACAUCAGGGUGUGGAUGCCUCGGGUCCUUUACGUUUCAUGGAAGUGCGAGACGAUGGUCUGGUUUUGAGAUCCGUAGAUGGUACCAUUGUGGAACGAUGGUGGUAUGAACGUUUGGUGAAUAUGACCUAUUCGCCAAAGACAAAACUUCUAUGUUUGUGGAGACGUAACGGGGGGCAGACACAGCUGCACAAAUACUAUACACGGAAGUGCAAAGAACUGUACAACUGCAUCAAAGAAGCCAUGGAACGCGGUGGUACACCCACCAAUGUUCCCGAGCUGGGCGGCGAGUUCCCCGUCCAGGAUAUGAAUACGGGCGAGGGUGGCCUGUUACAAGUGUGCCUUGAAGGUGUUGGUUUGUUAUUUGCCAACAGCAAGUUUUUCGUUCGUUUGGAUCAUAUACGAAAGUGUUUCACACAAAAGGGUGGCAUCUUCGUAUUGGAGGAAUAUAAUCCUAAAACACGCCAGCUAAUACAACGAAAAUAUAAAUCGAACAUGGCCGAUCAAAUUUGCUAUUCGGUCUUGUGUGUCUUCUCCUAUGUGGCGGCUGGACAAGAUCAAAACCAAAAGAAGAAUCCGGUUGUUAUAACACCCCAGAUACAGGAUAUUCAUGCCCAGCAAAAACAACAACAACAACAUCAGCAGCAACAGCAACAACAUAUGUCAUCUACAACCACAUCAUCUGGUGGCCAUGGUUCCACUACCACACUGACAAGUUCCAAUAAAACAGCUCAUUUGCCUUCACAGCAACAGAACAGCAAUCGACAACAGACCAUAACAAUACGUCACACGCAACCCAUGCAGAAACCAAGUAUUACAACAUCCACGGUUCAGCCUCAGUCACGUUUGGUUCAUACCAAUGUCAAGACUCAUACCACAGCUACAACCACAAUUUCUGCGACAAGUGGCAAGGGAACCAUACAACAGCAGCAGCAGCAUCAUUCGCAGCAGCCACAACACUACCAACAGCAACAACAACACACAAUCUCCACAACUACAUCGCACAAACAAUUACAAAAAUCCACAUCCGAGAAAGUCUCCUCCCAACCCAAGGCUCAUCCUCCGCUUGGGGCCCGCAAAAGCAGCAGUGUUUCAGCCACCACCGGGCCAUUACCUCAACUACCACCUCGCAUACCAUCACAGACUUCAACGGAAAGUGUGGUGGCCACCUCGCCCACCCCCUCUACUGGCUCAUCGGGACGAAGCUCACGUGGUCCACCACCAGGACCACCGCCUGCCAUACCACCACGGACCGGUGCCAUAGCACGCAGUGGCUCGGUACAACACUCCACCAUGACCGCCCAGGGUGUACGUCCUUUUGUACGGCAAAUUUCCACCAACUCCACACCACCCCAAUACACGCCCCAACCACCUCCGGCCUUUGUCAUACCCAAGAGGCACACCACCAUGCAGCGGGCCUCAUCCAUGGCCACACCAAAUCCAACGAUUAUCAACACUGCCGCUUUGUUUACCACGUGCAUGACUGCUGCGACGCACUCAUCGGCAGCCAAUACCUCUGCAGCACCAUCCACAACCAGCACCACACCCUCACCCUCCUCGCUUCCCUCACCCCAUAACUUGCAGAAACGUCCCUCGUAUGGCAGUGUCAGUUUGGGCUCCUCCCUCUCCACAUCGCCCAGCUCCAAUAACGGUGGUAGCAGCUCCACUUCACCCCAGGCCCACCGCAAACACUGACGAAGGAGUUCCUUUUUCAAAAUUGUUGGCAUAGGUGGCGGGAAGGACAGUUGGAAAGAUAGCGGGAAGGAAAGUGGCAGCAAGGACGCGAGUCACAAGGAUUCGAGCCAUGCCACCGCCAGUGGUGUUGGUGGCGGCGGUGGUGGUCGUUCCGGCGAUGAACCGCAUUCUCGAGAAGCCUGUCGUUCCAUGUGUCUACCUUGGCUAUAGAUGUAGUAAAACUAGUAGAAAUAUUCAAACUCAAGAAACCUACAAAUCUUUGAAAAAACAAA